GUGUGUGUGCGUGUGUGUUCAUACAGUGCAGGUAUUGAAUGACUGAAUGGACGUUUCUCCUGAUGAGUGGAUGAAGUGAAUGUGGUAUUCUGACAAACAGGUUUUCUCGCAUAUCAUGACAGCUCCGUAUUUUUUACACCUCUCCAUGAAACUGUCAGGGAUUUUUUUUUUAAACUGUCACAUUUUCCUUGAACUUCUAAGUCUUCCCUCAGUGGGUUCAGAUGACUGCAACCACGGGGUUUUCAUUCAUGCCACUGUAAUCAGCUGCAGCUUCACAUGUCCAGGAGUAGAGUACAGGUUCACUUUCACACACUUACUCUUUUUAUUCACUCUUACUGUACGUAGAAAAGGCUGUUCGAUCAAAUCGGUGGGGACAAAUGACAGGUUUUUUUGCAGCUCUUGUCUGUAAUUACAUUUCCUGGACUCCUCCCACGUUCCGGGUUAUUUCUCAGAUCGGAGCUGCCCUCUCUCCUCACCGACACUCUGAGGCACCACGCAGGCUGGGACUCACUUCAAGUUGUGCGUCUUUACGCUUUUUGAGCUCUGGAUAAUAAAUCCAGAUCGGAUCGCUACAGCGGUUUGACUUUUUGUUGUCUCCAGCGGUGCGUAAAAAGCGUAAUGGCAAAGAGGAUUCUUGUCCACUCCUCGUAUUUCUGCUGACAUCGGGUGACUCCAUGAAACGGUUUGCAAAGCGCUUUGCAGACCGACACCUGCGUAUGGAGCGAGAAUGAAUACAAGAUGUUCAUUACUCAGGCUAAGAAGGAAACAGUUCAUUCCCUCCCUCCUGUCCCUCCUGUCCAUAUGUGUCCUGCUGUUGAUUUAUACCAAGUACAGCUACAUCAACAACUCCUUUUUUCCCCCAGAUAUUCAGACGUUUCACAGGUAUAACAUUAACUGCUCGGCUAUCUAUGACAUGGACCCGGUGGAGGUGGGGAAAUCCCUCAUCAUCCGAACAAAAAACGUGGUGGAGGACAGAGAUGAAAGUCUGGUUAACUUCACCUCCCACUGCUCAACGUUCCUGCAGUUCAGAGGAUAUAAUGAUGUGUGUGUCUCAGAGGAGGAGAGAGACUUUCCUCUUGCUUAUUCUUUAGUUGUGCAUAAAUCUGCCUGGAUGGUGGAGAGACUCAUCAGAGUGCUGUACUCGCCCACGAACAUCUACUGCAUCCACUAUGACCAGAAGUCCUCGGCUCAUUUCAUCUCAGCCAUGGAGGGUCUGGCCCGCUGUCUGCCCAACGUCUUUAUUGCCAGCAAGAGAGAAUCCGUCUUCUACGCGAGUAUCAGCCGACUGAAAGCCGAUCUAAACUGCUUGUCUGACCUUUUGGGCUCAGAGGUCAAGUGGAAGUAUGUCAUCAACCUGUGUGGCCAAGAUUUCCCGCUCAGGUCCAACAUUGAGCUGGUGUCAGAGCUAAAGAGGCUAAAUGGUGCUAACAUGUUGGAAACAAGCCGACCCAGUCAGUCAAAGAAGCAGAGGUUCACCUUUCACCAUGAGCUGAGAGACGCCAGCUUCGAGUAUCAGAAGCUGCCGGUAAAAACACAUCAGACAAAGUCUCCUCCGCCACACGGCAUGGAGGUGUUCUCCGGCAAUGCCUACUUCGUGCUUUCGCGGGAAUUUGUUGUGCACUUUGAAUCCUCGGCUGUAGUGAAGGAUUUUCUGAACUGGUCUGAGGACACCUACUCCCCAGACGAACACUUCUGGGCCACGCUUGUGCGACUGCCGGGUGUUCCAGGAGAGGUGUCCAGAUCACAGCCGGACAUCACCGACCUGAUGAGUAAGACCAGGCUGGUGAAGUGGCAGUACCUGGAGGAGAAGCUGUACCCGCCAUGCACGGGGCAGCAUGUCCGCAGCGUUUGUAUAUUCGGUGCAGCCGAAAUGCGAUGGUUGCUCAACUAUGGUCACUGGUUCGCCAAUAAGUUUGACCCUAAAGUGGACCCAAUUCUCAUUCAGUGCCUGGAGGAGAAGCUGCAGGAAAAGCAAAAGCUAUUCCAGUUACAUGGCUCCUUGAACUGUCCAAAAGGUUGACUGACAACAUACUGUAGAGCUGCAGUCGACUGACAGGGAACUAAUCAGCAACAAAUAUAACAGUUGAUUGGGGUUUUUUAAAAGUUAUUUUUCAUAUUUUAUUGAAUUUGCUGCUUUUUCUUGUCUGACAUUGUAGUAAAUUGACAGAAUUUUGGACACUUGGUCAAACAAACCAUAACAUUUGAUGACAUUAUCUUGAGGCCAACUCUCUGAACCCUCAAGGUGUUUCUUAGUUAUUUUUUUCUCCUGUCACAUUUUUCCUCGCUGUGGGCACAUUUUUUACUGCAAUAUAAAGUCCUGCACCGCUGUGGAAACAACACAACCUUGACUAGAAGUAAAGAUAACUUAGAAAUGUCUUCUGUGCAAUAAACAAAAUUCUAGUUUUUACUAAAUCUACAAACUAGUUGUUUUUUACAUGAUGCUGCACAUCAACUCUAGAAAGAUAUUUCAUCAUUGUGAAUGUAUCUUCCAGAAAUAUUCUCCUCUGUGUACUGUGUUCAGCCACGCCUAAUUUAUUUUAUUGAUCAGAUAUGCUUAAUUUUCUUUCAGUCUCUCCAUCUAGCCAUCCAUAUUUUUCUCCUCCCUGCUCUGUUUCAUAGCUGACUACAUCUCAGAAUUUUUUAUUAUUUUUGUACAGAAUCUGGUGCAAAUGAUUUAUUUUUGACAAAUUUUUAAAUGAGACGUGUAGAAGGAUAAUCCAGACUUCUCACUGUGAACUUUCUGCCUCUUUCUACUGAAGGAAUCAUCCAAAAACUGUAAUUUACAGUACAGGCAGAGAGAGAAUGUGUUUGUUUGUAAUUUGGCUGAGUGGCUGUUUGAUGAUGAGUAAUUACGCUGUAAUGAGCAGUUCCAUUAAAGAUCUAACAUGCUCUAA